AUGGCCCAGUCUCUUGCAAGCUCUGUCAAGGAAAUGGAGGGCAAGUUUUCGGUGUUAUUGGAGGAGGGGAAACCCUAUGUCAUCCGCCUGGAUGGCUGUACAUUCAAGAAAUUCACCAAUGGAAUGGUACGUCCAUUUGACCAAAGAUUGACUCUUGCCAUGAUCAAGACAAUGAAUGACCUGGUAGAGCAUUUCAAUCCAUCCUUUGCCUUUGCGCAGUCGGACGAAAUUUCACUGAUUUUCAAGGGAGAUCGAUUGCGCGAGUAUUACCCCUAUGGCGGUCGAGUGAUCAAGCUUUGCUCCAUUGCUGCAGGCUUUGCCUCUGCGCGCUUUAAUGCCCACAUUUCGGCCUUUGAUUGGACCGAUCGGAUGCUUGAGGUGCAACACCGCGUGCGCUCCAGUCUGGCUCAUUUUGACGCACGUGUGUUUUCCGCGCCAGACCAAAAGGCAGCGGCAGAUGCCGUCAUAUGGCGGCAUCUGUUUGACUGUCGGCGAAAUGCCAUCCACACCAUUGGGGUGACGCAUCUGGGACAUCGGACUAUCCAUGCCCUGAACAUUGGCGAGGUUGACAGAGUAUCGUAA